AUGGCUCUGGGAAGUAAUAAUAACACCGCCGUACCAAAUCCACUAAAUACUUCAUCUAGUUUGCAAGACUGCGAUUUUGCCACGAGACAUCUUAAAAACUUUCUGUCAAGUGCUGGAAUAUUAGUUAAAUUUCAAAAUGGAUUGGAAAACAACACAUGUGCGUCUUCCUUUAUUAACGAAAAUGCUAAUUCUCGUAGCGACCAUGAUAUAAAGUUAAAUUCUGACAAACUCGUUACCAAUCACAUAUUGGACAAGAUUAAUGGUCCUGCAACCAACUUAGGUGCUAAUUAUAAUGAUAAAAAUAUUCAUGGAGCCCAUGUAUAUGCGGGACCCAUGUGCCAAAAGUUGCCUGCGUCUGAUCAGGCCUCUCCCAUGCCAUUUGUCAACGGCAAGUACGUUUCUAUUCAUGGCUCUAAUGUGUUAUCUAAGGGUUUCACUGCCAAUGCCAAUAAGAAGGAUGUUGUGAAGGGUCGUAAAAGUGUCGGUAAUAAAAUUACUGCCCAAAAAACAUCAACAUCUGCAAAUCAUUUCGCUCUGCCCCUAUAUAUGAGGGCGCCUGCGCCAUCAUCCGUUCCUAUUCCGAAACAAUUACUCAAGGAUUUAUAA